AUGCGGGAACGCUGCGAGAUUUGUGAUGCUGAAGAUUUAACCUUAGCUCAUCCAGCUCAAUUACUGACAGAUUUGAAUAAUCCAGAUAAUUUGACUUGUUGGGUUAGUGAACCAACAACAACAACAACAAAUAUUUCCCCUUCGAAUGUGACACUUACUCUAAAUCUUGGAAAGAAAUUUGAGUCCAACAAUCGUGGACGUACUUGGAUUCCAAUGCAAUUUUACUCGUCUCAAUGUGAAAAUAUUUAUAAAAGACCAAAAGAUGCUAAAAUUACUCGUGAAAAUGAACAGGAAGCAAGAUGUACAGAUGCUCGUUCACUUUCACCUUUAUCAAAUCGAAUAGCUUUUGCUACUUUAGAAGGAAGACCUUCAGCAUUGGAAUUUGAACAAUCACCGGUUCUCCAAGAUUGGGUAACCGCAACAGAUAUAAAAAUAGUUUUUAAUCGUCUAAGUACUGUUCAAAACCAAAUGUAUUGGUUAGAAGAAAAUAUUCAACGUUUUAGAAGGGAUAAUAAUAAUUCUAUUUUUGAAAUUGGAGAAGGAAAUUUUUUAAAUUCAAAAUUUGGUGAACAAUUACUGAAGGAACGCUAUUUUUAUGCAAUGGCUGAAUUGGCAGUAGGAGGACGGUGUAAAUGCAAUGGGCAUGCUAGUCGUUGUGUUAUUGACCGUAUGGGAAGGUAUGCCUGUGAUUGUAAACACGCAACAACAGGGCUAGACUGUGAAAAAUGCCGUCCGUUCCAUUAUGAUAGGCCUUGGGCUCGUGCUGGUGCUGAUGAUGCUAAUCCAUGCAUUGGUAUAUUUUUAAGAAUAAUUUUUAAAGUUUGGUCACCCUUUCUUUUUUAA